AUGAUCGGCUUGGAAUGCUUCUAUUCAUUCAUCAGAAGCUUGUGGCCACCGCCGGCGGAACGAUCCAUUUUGCGCUUUGAUGCUAAUGCCGAGAAACCCUUCAUCUGCCACCUCCCACGCGAGGUCCAAGCCGAAAUCUUCGUUUACAUCGGUCCCGAGAAUGUGCCGGCGCUUUUUCAACUUGCUCUAGCCUGCCGCUCCACCUGGAUCAUGGUCAGGAAUCGGCCAGAGAAGAAGCUGAAUCUGCUACUGACCGCCAGGCCAAAAGGGAAGAUCUGGGCGAGUAACCCAUCGGGCUGUCUGCCCGACCACGGCCAUCAUUACGGCUGGAACGUACGCGGGAUUGACGCCAUCAACUUGCUGUUUGCUGGCCGCAUCGUACCGACACUUUACAUCGAAGAUCCGGAGUUUCGCUGCAAUUCGACGAGGUUGCCGGGAUUACAGGCGCUGACCCUUGAAGUUCUGGGUGUCAACACGUUGAGGAUGCAUUGGCCGAAAGCGUUGAAGCCGGAGGGCCGACCGUUCGAAGCCGUACAGUUCCGGCGGUUCGAGGCAGCCGCUCACUGCUGCCUCGGUUCCGAUGUCGCGCAGAGCAUCCAUAUCCUCCACCCUCAAAGUCUGAACGACUGCCUAAUACUCAAAAACCGAAAUCAACGCAUCCAGAUCUGUGAACAUCUACAAGAACAAAGGGAGAGCUAUGUGCAGAAGGUGAUUGCGCAAUGGAUGGUGGGGAAGCGGGAUAUUCAGAAGAUUGUGAUAGCGUCUCCUAGAAGACCUCCGUCUGCGCUCUCCGCGGAGUACGAAAGGGAUGAUGGGCAGAAAAUUCUGUAUCGAACGACGAGCAACGGAUAUUUGAUUGAAUUGGAUCCAAAAGAAUCUGACGCCGUUUCUUUGAUG